GAAGUAACUAGCCAUGGCUGCUAUAAGAAGAAAGCUAGUAAUAGUUGGGGAUGGUGCCUGUGGUAAAACAUGUCUUUUCAUCGUCUUCAGCAAAGAUCAGUUCCCUGAAGAUUAUGUGCCAACUGUUUUUGACACUUAUGUAGCAGAUAUUGUAGUGGACGGAAAACAGGUUGAGCUGGCGUUGUGGGAUACAGCUGGACAGGAGGACUAUGACAGACUCAGGCCUUUGUCUUAUCCAGAUACAGAUGUCAUCCUUAUGUGUUUUUCCAUCGACAGCCCCGACAGUUUAGAGAAUAUUCCAGAGAAGUGGAAACAGGAAGUGAAGUUUCCUAAUGUACCUAUCAUAUUAGUAGGCAACAAAAAGGAUCUCAGGAAUGAUGAUAACACUAGGAGAGAACUGUCCAAGAUGAAACAAGAACCAGUUAAAACAGAAGAAGGCCGUGCAAUGGCAGAGAAGAUAGGUGCUUUUGCCUACCUUGAGUGCUCCGCCAAGACCAAGGAAGGGGUUAGGGAAGUCUUUGAAACAGCCACAAGAGCUACCUUGCCAGAAGAGGAGACGAGGAGGGGCAAGUGCGCCAUGCUUUAGACCUCUGGAACUGCAACAACUUGCAUGGGAAAGGCACGUCUGCCAGGGAGGGGGAACCAACAUUAGCUAGACAUAUGCUCUCAACUUGAUGACGUAUUGGACGACGUUUUCUUUUAGAGGGGAGUGACUAGUGAGUUGUUCCCCACAGAUGUAGCUGGGUAACGCAGAUAAACGUGAUCGCCGAACGAUCGCAUCCAAAAGCGGGGAGAUAUGACUAUCUUCAUUGGGAGAAAAAGUACAGGUCAUCGACGUGAUGACUGUGAGAAUAUGCGGAAAAUACCCACCUCGGAUUCUAUUGAGUUAGCUGCGCCCCUCAUGGUUUAUUCUCCCUGCAGUGUUUUAUUGUACGAUAAACAACGACCACGAGUCGUUUAUUUCUUAACAAUAACAAUAACAAACAUAAGUAAUGUUUAUACUUUAGAUUAAUGCAUAUAUGUUUUACUGAUACAUUAGUGUUUGUAAAAAGAAUAUAACUGUUAAAGAAGAGGUGGCCGAAUUUUCUUCAGUCAGUUAUAUCUUUUCACGGUAUUAGUACGGUAUUUCAAAACCACACAAGGUGUAUGUCAGUUUGACAUGAUAGCUUCUUUGCAGUUAAAGUUUGACUUAUUUUAAUUCAAUGUCUACCGCUGUUCCAUAACUAGUGCUCCAAAAAGUGUUGUUAGUUGUGGCAUUGGCUGGAUGUCGCCUACUGUUUGCCAAUAGGAAAGUGUUGUCAGAUUGUAUCAACGUCUAUGUAAUCCAGGCCAAGAUCGGACCUCUCACAAAAUAUUUCUUUGGAGCAAUCGUUGUUUGAAAAGGGGGAAAAGAAACUGGAAUUUCAAAAUUCAUUAAAAAACAGAUCCUGGGUUGGAACGUUUUAUUUCCCAUGAAAACCGUUUUAAUGUCUGUCUCAGUGUACAAGCGUUUAGAUUUAGAUGUGUAUAUUAAAGAGUGGAAUCGGACUAUUACACAACCUAUUGGUAGCUCCCGCUGUGGCGGCAAUAAACUCAGGUUGUAUUGUACUUUCAAAAAUGUAUAUGCCGCAGACAAUUAUGUCACACGCCCCAUCCAACGAUCCCACCAGAUGCGAACUGACUAAUUCGGGCGUGGCACUGCUCCAAUACACGUGUUUAACUGUACGGAAACUGUGGAAGACGAAAUGUCCCUCUAUAUUGGCCGGACUACAAUGGGGAACGUGACACUCUGAUUGCAUGUCAUGAGGUAUACAGUAAGUGUAAUUAUCUCUGUAAUAUUAAAAAGGUUUGUUUUAUUUAGCAUCAUGUGAUAUGUACAGUGUAACGGCCACACUCUGCGGUACUUUCAUAAAACAGAGAAAGUCAGUCCUGUAUGAUCGUUUCUGUAAAACAAACAUACGAAUAUUGUGUAUUUAUUGCUUUUUAGAUAUAUAGAGAUUAUUUUUAAUUGUUUUUUUAAGUGUGUAUCCAUCUUAGUCUCCUACGACUCCGUAUGGAGUUGUCCGUUGUCCAAGUUGUCGGUUUUACAUAGGAUGUACACAUUUGUUAUAUGUAAGUGGGAUGAGACUCAAAUCUUCUGUCUGUCUGUUUCCUUGUCUGCCUGUUUGUGUCUAGAGUUACACCUCACCCAUCCUAUGUUUUAAUUAGGAAGCAAGCUCGCAAACGUUGGUAAAUAAGUUGUUGCCUAAAAUAUGCCAAAAAAUAUUUCUCUUAACGUGAUUCGCCCGUACCCAGUUCCUAGACUUCUCUAACAACUACGAUAGAGUAGAUAUUCCCAAGUCUCUAUGGCACAAUACUAGUAUUCGGGUUCGAGAUCAACACAGAGAUUUUUCCCCAUUUUUCGUAAUUUCUUUACUUAUUUGGAGGGCGUCUAAUUGUGUUACAUGCUAAAUGAUGUUUUAUGUCUGCUUGUGGUGUGACCAAUUCAUACAUUUCAAACAAAACAGGACAAAUUGUAUCUUAUUUUUACUGAAUUAACUAUUUGGAACCAUGACAAAACAUUAGUUUGUAAACAUCUGGAUGCGUUUUGUUUGGAAUGUGAUUGUACAUAUUAUGUAGGAGUGAUCGUUCGACAGUCUCCGUAACCCGCACGUUUGCUUUUCUCCGUUCUAUCAUGGGUAUGGGCUCUUGUAUCGAUACUACUAUCUCUGCUGUCUGCGGCUGUCUGUCUUGGCAUCUCGUCAUACACGUCUACCCGUUCUUCCACCUUUGUAUUGUAAUAAUAAAGUUAUUUAAGUACGUUUCCA